AUGCUCUCCACAUUCCUGCUGGCCCUUGUGCCCCUCGUGGCAGCGACGUCGUCCUCGAAACGCGGCCUCGUCUUCACGCCCAACGCCAAAUGGCCCCAGGACAACCAAAUCUGGGUGCAGUCGGGCUCCGACCUGACAUGGUACUACAACUACCAGGAGAUUCCCAGCCCGGCCUUUGCUUCAAAGUCCCAGGAGGAGUUCGAGUUCGUGCCCAUGAUGUGGGGCGUCUCAUCCAAUCCCGAAGACACGGCAUUCCUCAACAGCGUCAAGAGCUUGAUCAAGGACAAGGGCGUCAACAUCACCCACGUUCUUGGCUUCAACGAACCCGACGGUCCCGCGCAGUACGGCGGCAGCAAUAUAGCCCCCGACAUCGCCGCCAAAGCCUGGGUUGCCAACUUCAUCCCGUUGCAGGAGCUUGGCGUCAAGGUCGGCCUGCCUGCGUGCACCGGCGCCCCUGCUGGACUGCCCUGGCUGAAGCAGUUUUUGGGUAACUGCUCGGAGAUUAUCAGCGAUGGAGGAGAGAAGAAGAACUGCACCUACGACUUCCUCCCUGUGCAUUGGUACGACAACUUUGCGGGUCUUGCCAGCCAUAUUGGUGAGCGUGUUGCCAAUUUCCCCGACACCAAGAUCUGGGUCACCGAGUAUGCCUAUGCCAACCAGGAUCUCGCCGCCACCCAGGAGUUCUAUAACAUGAGCGCCGAAUACUUUGAUCGCAUCGACUACAUUGAGCGGUAUACGUACUUUGGUGCGUUCCGUUCCAAGACGAGCAACGUCGGCCCCAACGCCUCUUUCCUCAACAACGACGGCAAGCUCACCGACAUUGGCUCAUGGUACAUGGGGAUGAGCUCUACCGGAGUCAAUCCUCAGUCUGGCGACAAGAGUGCCGCUGUGCGUGGAGGCGUGCCGGUGCUUGCUGCGCUGGCAGCGACCGUACUUGGGGUUGCACUUACCCUCACUUCGUGA